UCCUUCUAUUUAACGUGUUAAGUCAGAUCAGGAAGUGUGAUGCUGUGACGGUGCUGGCGGACGCGGGCACACAAUGGCACCAUGUCUGCCUCUCGGCCUGGUAUUAUGAGAGGCCCCCGGCUGAAGACCCCCCUGCUGCUGCUGCUGCUGCUGCUGCUGACCGCUCUGACUCAGUCAGUGCUUUGUCAAGACGAGGAAGAGGAGAACACCGAUCCAGAAGCUGAGACACCAGAAGAGGAACCAGAAGCAGAAGCAGGAGGUGACGGUGACACGACAACACCAGUAAUAGAUGCCAGUCCUCCACCGGACUCCUCCUUUUCAGAAGAUACUGGCUCAGACCUUGGAACUGAGGAAGGAGAUAAUCACGGCUCAGGAGAUGAUAUAAAGAGGAACCGCAACAUUGACAUUGAUGGCUUUACAGAAUCUACUCCAACAAGCACAAUGUAUCCCGACGGGAUAACCAGUGAACCAGGAGAGGAAGAGGAACUGAGCCUCAUCCUUAUCCUGGUCCCGGUGGUGCUGGUGGCCCUCAUUUGCAUGAUACUCUGUGCGAUUUUUGUGAACCGCAGGCGGAAACAGAAGGGCAAGAAUCCAGAUCUGGUUAAGGAUGAUCCAUAUUUGGAUGGGUCCAGCACAGAGAAGGUGCCGAUGCCAAUGUUUGAAGAAGAUGUACCCUCAGUUUUGGAGCUGGAGAUGGAGGAGCUGGGUCAAUGGAUGAAAAAAGACAGUGUAACUGCAGAUGACUCUCACCAUGCGUAACUUAAGGUUAAAUGAAACGAAAUCGACUCCCCGAUAUGCAAGGAAUGCGUCAACAAUGCACGCUCUUCAUCCAAUGCUCUGAUCUUUGACAACAAUUCCACAACCACACCUAUAAGAACAGUUCAUACAGUAAUACAGUCACAAUAACAAUCCACAACAACACCUCCUGAUGCAACACUUGCAAAUACAUGUUUUAGUUGGACACUGGUCUUUGUUUUGCCAUCAAUGUAAUUUUUUUUUUUUUUUUUUGUCUUUUUUGUCUAUAAGCUAAGCAGAAGUAGGAUGCACAAGUGCAGUAUUUAUGUCUCUUCAUGAGUGACAAACAUAAAUGUUAGCCUAAAAAGCAGUUUCCCUUUUCUGCUGAUUCUGACUGUUACAGAGCAUGUGGUCAACAUAGAGUCUAUUAGGCCAAUAUCCCGCUCACAGUUUCUCCUCAGCUCAAAGCCUCUUUGUUGCAUUACACUGUGUGACUCCCUCCAGCUGCAGGUUUAAUGGAGAAAUAUCCUACAGAAGAUUGCAGGCAUGCAUGACAGAGAAAGCCGCUACUUUUUUAUGCCUGUGCUGAGCAGCUUAGGAUUUAUAGAGAAAGUGUUUUCAUUUUAAAUCUCAGAGCCUGAGACCAUGAGCCUUCUUUUUCUGAGGCUUUUGAUAAAUUAUUGGCCAUUCCUUAGAAAAAGAAGAAGAAAAAAGCGCUCACUGAGAUCGUCGUCUCAGCACAGAUAUUAGCUCUCUGACUGAAUACUUUAUGUCCACACAUGUUCGUCACGUUUUGUCUCCGGUUUUUUGCCUUGAAAGUGUUGAAACUAAGCAGUCAUAACACUGAUCUAAAUGUGAGUUUCUUCUAGUAUCAGUCAGUAUUGUGCAGCAUCUUGCAGUGUAAAUAUGCGAACACAGCACACCAAAAA